AUAGAAGUUUCCUAUGUUUGGCGCUGUAAGGCCGAUAAAUUCUGAUCGGAAUUUAUCGGUAGGUUGCACCAAAUCAAUGCCUUGGUCGGACCAAAAAGCGAUUUGGUCCGACGAACUUGGAAAGCUCCUGGGAAAAUGUCUGCGCUUUUAGCGCUAUAUAGAGGAAACCUCUAUAUGGUUUACGUGCUUUACAUAUAUAUGCUUUGGAGAUUCAUAUGUAUUAAUUCAUCAAACUAUUUUGGCUGAAUGGUCUUUAUAUAUGUUUAUUAAAAGUGUCAUUAUUUUGCAAUAUUUUAAUCCUAUUGAAAAUUCAAUUUUUGCUUGUGAAUUUGCUUCAGUCACAGUUACAAUUUUAGUUUUUGUAUUUGGACAGAUAAUGGAUAACGCAAUUAUAACUGUUGUCUUUACCCCCUCUUGAAAUUGAUACAAAAAAUUAUGUUCCAGUUUAAAGCAUUUUUAGGAAAAAGAGUUUAUAAUUAAAUUUUUCUCUGAAAAAUAUUUUUAUAAAGUUAAUCUACUUUAAUUACCCCAUUUAAAAUAUAACUCUUUAUCAGUAAAUUUUUGAUUUGGCAACAUUAAAUUAAGCAUCAAAUCUUUUAGCAUGGAAAUUAUUAUUUUUACCUCAUAAAGUUAAAUUACACUCGAGCACACCAAAAAACAAAAUUUACCAAUAUUUUAUUCAAAUUAAAGUGCGGAAGGUUACUAUAUUCCUUCAGCCUAUAAUAAUUAUCUUUACUAUUUUAAUAACUAGAAAGAUCUAUUAUAAGUUACCAAAUACUACAAAAACAAUAAAAAGUCAGCUUGAUUUUGAAAGAAAAUUCAGAGAUCUUUUGACUGACAAAAAUCAAGAAAAUAAAGCAAAAGUUUUAAAUUUGUUUAAAAAAUACUGAAAUUUAAGUCUAUUUCAAAAAGAUAGGUUAUUUGUGAUAUGAGAAUUUUACUAUUGUCUAUUUCUAAAAGAUGAGAGAUUAGCAAGGAUCAAGUUAUCGAAAAUCUCAACAAUAAAAUCGUCAUUUGAAGUUGACAUAAAAGUUUGAACGAUUUUUAAUUGGCUUGCAAAGAGAAAAAAUAAGCUAUUACCUGAUAUAAAUUAUUUGCAUUAUUUAAAGGAUUUUAGUGUUGCCAAAAAGAUGGAUGAGAAAUUGUGUUUUAUUUUGGUAGAGUUAUGCUCUGAAUUUUCAUCAAAAUCACCGAAAAUCGAAAAGCUUAUUAAAUUAACAAAUAAAGCAUCUAGUAACAUUAACGAGAUCACAGAAAAUUAUAAACUAUUAACAGAAAAACAUAAAAAUCUUGAGAGCUAUGAAUUGUAUCAAAGUUUCUUAGAAAACAUCACAAAUAACCACGACGAAGCAAAUAUAAUUAAUAGAAAGAAAUCUGGAAUAAACAGUUUUUACAGUCAAAAUAAUGAUGAUGGCUAUUUAGAAAACUAUGGAAAAGAAGUUGGAGUUAUCUUAAUUUCCUGCUCAAAAGCUUCAUUUGGGUCUAUUAUUUAUCUCAAUGAAAAAGCUGCGUCUAUACUGAAAUCUUCAAUAUCAAGUAUUUGUGGGACUUCCUAUAUGACUUUAAUACCUCCUCCUUAUGAUCUUAUACACGCAAAAUUUAUGAAACAAUUUAUUUCUGAGUGCGUAUCAACCCACAUCCCAGCCCAUCAAAAUUUAAUUUUCCAAUGCUCUGAUGGAUUUUUACUAGAAUGCGACUGCUUAAUUAAGCUAUCCGCAUUUCAUAAUUCCCCUUACUUUUUGCUAUCAUUUAAGCCAAAGAAUACAUCAAGACAUAUAGCUUUAAUUUCUUCUGAAGGACUAAUAGCAUCCCAUUCAAUUUCUUUUCCGUGCUAUUUCUCCACCGAACAAUCUUUAAAAAAUCGUCUGAUUUUCGAAAUAAUCCCAGAUUUUCAAAAAAUGAAAAAAGGCAUACCAUGGAUUGUUAACCAUAAUGGCAAAGAAUUAGGACUUGUAAGUAUUACAAAAAAAAUAAAAUAUAGAGAAUUAAACUUAUUAUUGGUUAUUCAUGACUCUGAAGAAUUAUCUAAAUGAAAAUCAAAGGGAAGAAAAAUUAGAGAUCAAACAGAAAUUAAUUAUGAUAAACAAGCUAUCGAUGAAAACGAUGCAUCGGUAUCUCAAGACUUGACACAUAAUAGUGUUGAAAUUAAUUUUUUGAAAGUUCCUGGUUUUGCUAAGGUAAGGAGAUCGGUAAAAUUGAAAACAUUACUACCUAACACAAUGGAUAAUACCAGCGCUCAUGGCUUUGAAGACAGGAGAGCAGAUGAAAAAUUGAUAAGUGAGGAACCCUCAAAGCCUUCUUCUACUUUUUCGUCAUUUUCUCAUUCAGGUCUUUCACAGAGGCUGCUUUUAGAGUCCAAGCAAAAAAUAAGAAUUCUUCAAUGGGUGCUUUUUGCGAUUGUAAAAAUUAUUUAGAUGUCUUCGACUAUUGCGAUUUUUAUAGGGAUUUUAGUUUAUAUGAUAAGCGAUGUGACUCAUACCACUAGAAUGAGCUCUUUUAAUCGUCUUGGCAAUCUUUUAUAUGAUUUUGGGCUAUUUACAGAUAUAUCAAGAGCGCUAGACAAAACCAUUAUUUUAAAUGGAGCUAAAGAACUGAUAGAUAGCUAUGUUUACAAAUUGGGCAAUCUUACGGUUGAAGUAAUAGAUCUUCAAACUCAUAUAUUAGAUGAUUUUAGCCGAUGAGACUAUUGCUCAUAUGCAAGCAUAGCCGACGAGUCAAUUAUGCCACAAUGAAAUUUUGAAGAAGUUUUUCCAAAAAUUAUAUACAAAAAUUUUUAUGACACGGUCACAGAUUUCGUAUAUGCUGUAAUUUUUACUUAGUCAACGAACUAUAUAGAUGAUAUAGGCAACCAUCAAAACUACUCAAGGCAUCUUCAAUUUCUUUUGGCUAAUGGGAUGGGAUUUUCUUUUGAUUAUGCAAAUAUUACAAUGAAGGAAAUUGAAAAUUGUGAAAUAAACAGAAUAAAAACCACAGGAGAAAAAAUAGAUGCUUUAUUAAUGUUUGGGUUUGUGGCUCUUGGAGCUUUAAUGCUGAUAAUUUUUUGUUUUGUAUUUAUAGUAUCAAAAAAACAUGAUGAAUUUUGGAAUUUUUUAAUUGAAAAAGCACAGCCAUCUUUAGUGCAGUUAAAAGGGUCUUCUAUAGAUAGACUUUUAAAUGUGCAUGGGGUUGAUUAUCAAUCGGAAAUAAAUUGGGAAAUGCGCAUUGGUGGCAGAAGGAAGAAAAUCAAAUCAAAUUUAUAUAAGCGUUAUAUAUGGAGAGUACUGAUAUUUUUUGCGAUUGUUACUUCUUAUUAUUUAUUAAUUUUUUGGUAUUUAUAUCCAAAUACCGAAAGAAAUAUGGUAAAUCGGCCAAAAUUGCUUAGUAAUUUCAAUAUUCGAAGGUCUCUCUUAUCAAGACUAACUGUUUUUGCACGUGAAACAGCGUUACCUUAUUGAAAAUAUCGUCUACCUUAUUCUUAUCCACACGAAAACUCUUUUAACUUAUUGCUGGAAACGUGAGAUGAACUAAGCAUGAAAACCAAAGAGAUAAGAGGAAAUGACUUUUUAAGAUUAAUGUCUGAUGAGCUAAAAGAAAGGAUAUUCGAAAAAUUAGAUAGCACCUUAGAUCAGCUUCAUUUUGGGGUAAGAUCUGCAGUGCUUUCUAUUAAAAAUGAUAUUUAUAAUAUUUUAUAUUGAACAAACUUUGCUCCUUCAGUUAUGAUCCCAUUCUUGGGCAAAGUGGCAGAAAUUGAAGAUGAAAUUGGCUUACAAUUCGAUUUGGCUGAUAGAGACUCAAAAAAUGUGAUAAAUAGUCAGCUAAAUGAAAUUAUUUACACAACUAUUAUUUACUCACUGGGUGUUGUUUUGUUUUUCUUUUUGUAUUAUUUUCUAUAUUUGAAUAAACAGAUUAAACAAUUGGAGAGUUUUGGGACUUUGCCGACGAUUUUAUCAAUGGAAUCAGAUUAG